AUGUUUGAAGAAUUUAACCUUUCUGAUGCAGAUUCUUAUGUCCAAAAGCCAGCUAGAGGACGGACAUGUCAUGAUCGUUAAUCAACAAGUUAAGAAAGAUUGGAAACACAACAAUAAUAUUAAUAAUUUUAAAAGUUUUAUGAAACAUGCUCAAAUAUACCCAUUGACUUCACUUAUCUUAGGGAAUACUUCAACAUUCCUUUCAAUGAUUGUUUAAAUGAUUAGGAGAUUUUAAAGAUCCAAAAAAAAAUACACAGUAGAAGAUUCUCGAUGAAUCAGAAAAAAAGUUGGAGCGUAGAUGAAAAAAAGGUAUUGGUUUGGGUUGUUGGGAAAUAUUGUUAACUUAAUUAGAAGAAUUGUAGAUAUUUGGAUAACAACGAUUUCAAUGAGAUUAGCUAAUACCUUCUUAGAAGAAAUAUUGACAAUAUUAGACAAAAGUGGUGGUCAAUGCUAAAAACAUCUUUGGUAUCUCAACCAUUUACACAAGAAGAGGAUCAAUAGAUCAUAAUUCUCUAUGAGAAAUAUAAAGAUAAAGAUAAUAAAUGGAAAUUGAUAGCAAACGAAAUGAAUAACAAUAAUAUGAUAUAUCGAACUUGUAAACAACUUAGAGAGAGGUGGAUUAACUAUCUGGAUCCUAACUUAUUGAAAAUUAAGGAUCCUUGGACUGAUAGAGAGGAUCUAGAAUUAAUUUAUCAAAUAUAAUAAAAAGGCAAAAAGUGGACUGAAAUUGCUAAAAUUUUAAAAAGGAAUGAGAAUUAAGUUAAGAAUCGUUUUAAUUGUCUACUCAAACGGGAAGAGGUUUAAGAUGAUUUAAACAAAUUGAUUGAUAAGGUCUUAUGGAAAAUCAGCAAGUAGCCAGUAGUGAUGCAACCAGAGAAUUAAGAUAGACCUGCAUUACCAUCAAAUUCCCAAAAUUAGAGCUUACUCUUAACUAUAGCAAAAAUAGAAUCACUAAAAAAAGAUGAAAUUAAUUAACUUACGCCUUGUAUGGUCAAUUUAAAAACGAACUAAAUUUAUUUUACUCCAUCUCAUAUAUUGCAAGGAUUACUAAAAAUUGAACAAUCAGAUUUGCAAGAUGAAUUCGAAUUAGCCAAAAAGGAUAUUGAAAAAUUUGAAUCAAUGCCUCAUCAAUUUUUCCAUUCGCUAUCUGUCAUAAGCGAAGAGUAUUCCAUACCAUAAAACUAUCAAUCAUAAAUUCAACCAAACAUCAAAUCUUUGUCAGAAUUAUCUAAUUAUGAAUCUCCCUAAAUGUCUAAAUCCAAUGAGAAUAAUGCAAUCUUUCAUCCAAUAAGAACCUUGACUUCUCUAAAAAAGCAAUACUUUAAGCAUCGAACUGAUUUUAGUAUUCCUUAAGUUUAAUCUUCAAGUCCGUGGAGAUCAUUGCCAAUAUUAAUUAUGUGCUGA